AUGCCGACGCCCCUAGAUCGCGCACUGAACUCAAAGGCUUCGCGGGAAUGGUCACCGCGGCAGCCGUGUGGGCCAUUUGGGGCAAUGAGAUGCUCCCCCAAGAAUCAGAUCCAACCGGAGGCAAGCCUGCGCCUUCUCUUCAGACGCAGCCAUCCAGCUGACUUUCUAGAAGAUCCCAGCACAUGGACACUUGAAGAGAUGCACAGAUGGCUUCGAGCGAGGGGGCUUUUGCCCGACGAACACGCCACACGCGAGGAGCUACUUGAACGAAUCAAGGCGAACUUGCGGCCACCCCCAAGAGCCUCCUGA